ACUGCCCGGCGGGGCUCGGCUCUGCUGCGGGGCACUGGCCGAGGCGGGAGCGGGCGCUGCCGGUGGCGGAGGGGGGAGGGAGUUGCGUGUGGAUCCAGCUACACCCCGCGAUCGCGUUUCCCAGCCUGGCCGGUUCCCGCUGAGGUCCCGGGAAGAGCCUGACACAAGCCAUGUCCCUAACAAAACGCUGGUGAAAGAGUAGAAGAUUCCUGGGAUACAGCAGCUCUGGCACUGUGAAGCAGCUCCAGCAGGUCAGGGGAAGGAUUUGCUGAAGGAUGUGGUAGCCCAGGAGUUGGGCUUGCCAGGACAAGGUCGAUGGCCUGCAUGGAGCUUCUCUACUUGGCCGAGGAGAGCAGACAGGUGCCCCUGGGCACCACUGCUGGCUGGAGCCUGCCCUCCCCAACCUACCAGCAGCAGCAGCAGCAUGAAGGGCGUGAAGUGGACGCCAGAGAAGCUGCUGCUGUGGCAGCACUGCACUGUGAAAGGCACUGCAAGUCCUUGCAGAGAGGUGCUGUGGCUGAGCCCCCCUCAGCACCCCAGCCCUCUGCCCAGGGCACCUCACCCCAGGAGCACCCUGUACCCCUUGGCACCUCCCAGCCCUGCCACCUGCCUGAGCACUUGCCCACGGAGGAGGAUGGAGGGAAGAAGAAAGCCUGCUGUUGUGCUCAGGAACUUGAGACAUCAUUCACCUACGUGGAUGAAAAUGUUAACUUGGAGCAUGCAAGAAGUGCCCCAAGUCCUAGAGGCAACUGCUGCCAGGAUGUCCCUUUGCAGCAGCAUUCCUGCAGGGAGCUGCCACCCAACUGGAUGCAUGAUUCUCCUUCCCUGGCCUCCGAAGAAGAUGAUGCUGCUUCAGAAGUGGCAGCUGGGAAAUCUGUGGACUAUGGGUUCAUUAGUGCCAUUUUGUUCCUGGUUAGUGGCAUUUUGCUGGUGAUAAUUUCCUAUGUGGUACCCAGAGACGUAACUGUGGAUCCCAACACCGUGGCUGCCCGGGAGAUGGAGAGGCUGGAGAGGGAGAGUGCCAGGAUCGGGGCUCACUUGGACCGCUGCGUGAUUGCUGGGCUGUGUCUCUUAACCCUGGGGGGAGUGGUGCUCUCCAGCUUGCUGAUGAUGUCCAUGUGGAAAGGGGAGCUGUACCGAAGGAGCCGGUUUGCAUCCUCCAAAGAGUCUGCGAAGCUCUACGGGUCUUUCAAUUUCAGAAUGAAGUCUGGUGCAAAUGAUAAUAUGCUCGAGCUGUCAUUAGUUGAGGAAGAUGUGCUUGCUGUAGAUAAUUAGUGUGGUCAUGAUUUUUAAGGCAGCGUUUCUACAGGAAAAUGUUUCAUUAAAGAAAACAGAUGCAGCUAAAGAUAGCUGGUGAUGUGGGUUUUUUGUCUGACAAGAAUGUGUUUCUUUCUUAAACUCUAUAAUCAAUUGUUUGCAUUAUAUGAGCACUUGUUGUAAAGGGAAAAUGUACCAGAGAAAAUGCAACUGAUAUAAAAUAAUGAAAACCACUGAAUAAAGAGAGAUUUGUG